CUGCUAACGGCAGACGACCCUCGCAGAUACCGCAAGCAUGUCGCCUUCACCAAUGUCAACCUCGGCGAGGCGACCAAGAACAACUUCCCCUCCCACACCCUAGUCGUCAAGCACCCCGACUACACAACGAACCGCCGGUCGCGCACCUUCAUGGUCGGCAUCGACGACCAUCAGUACUCGGACGAGGCGCUGCAGUGGCUGUUUGACAAGUUUGUCGACGAUGGCGACGAGAUCGUGUGCGUGAGGGUGGUGGAGAGGGACGUCAAGCUAUACGAGGCGGACAAGAGAUCAGAAGAACUGAGAAGAGAGGCCAGCGCAGAGGUGUCUAGGAUCAAGGCCAAGAUCGGCGAGGGCAAGGCUGUUAGCAUCAUCCUCGAGUAUGCCGUUGGCAAGCUCCAUUCGACCUUUCAACGCCUGAUUCAGCUCCACCAACCGUCUAUGCUCAUCGUCGGUACCCGCGGCAGACAGCUGGGAGGAUUCCAAGGGCUCGUUGCGUCUCGAAAUUCCUUCUCGAAAUACUGCCUCCAGUAUUCCCCCGUACCAGUGGUGGUUGUCCGGCCGGACGAGAAGCGGCAGAAGAAGAAGGGCAAGCGGGAUAAUGACCCGGAGAUGCAGAGCUACCGCCAGAUGCUGCACUCCAGCCAGGGGGUCCACGAGGCGAACGACGAGGGCGUCAGCGCGUGGCAGAUCGAGUCCAAGCUGUCGGCAGACGAGGAGGCGGGCAAGGUGGCGCGGGCGCUGGGCCUCCCGGCCAAAUUCGAUCCGACCCUUAAGCCGUACAAGCCGCAGCGCCAGAAGAGCUCGCUGUCGGUGACGACGAUCGCAGGCGCAGAGCCGGAGCCCGGCCGGCUGGUGGCUGACCCCGGUAUCACCCCGACGGCCAGUGCCGCUAACAGUGAGGACGAGGCCGAAGGUAGCGGCGAGGACGAGGACGAUGGCGAUGCCGAAUUCGAAGUCACGACCGGGGCGAAGCUGCUGCAGACGCAGAACAAGGAGCUCAAGGCACAGCUCCAGGCACAGCAGGAGGAGCAGAAGAAGAAAGACCGGCUGCACGCCAUGGAGGUGGGCGAGGGUGCAGCGCUGCUCAAGAAGCCGGACCAGCUCGAGUCAGACGACGAAGAGGAUGAC